GACCCGUUAACGAGAAGGCGAAAUCCGACCCGAUACCUAUACAAGCAAGGGGAGCGGGACCCAUUUUAAAGCUGAAGGUGAAGAAGGAGGUUGAUGACGUGGAGCUCUCUGAGAGCUACACGUGCGUAAUAUCUCGGGACAGAGGAGGGACGGUGAGAAAAAGGGUUUAUCUUGGUGAUGGGUUGAUGGUGGUGGAUGGCAUUGAUGAUAAAUUUGAGAUGAAUUCAGGGGCGUUUUCGGAGUCGCCAGCGGCGACGGGGGGUUUCUUGAGCUGCUGUUGUCUCUGUGGGAAGAAGCUUCAUGGGCUUGACAUUUUCAUGUACAGAGGAGACGAAGCCUUCUGCAGUGUGGAGUGCAGAUGCAAGCAAAUUCUGAGCGAUGAACGCAAAGAAAAAUGUUGGUCUAAAGCAGAGAAACCUCAUGAAUCCCCUCUCUCCCCCUAUCUUGCUCCCUUACCAUUUGGUGCUGGUGUUGCAGCAGCUUAAGCAUCUUUUACAAGAUUAUAGUAUACAUAAACCGAAACAAAUGAGGAGGGGAAAAAAAUAAAAAAUGGGUGUUCGAAUUAAAUAAAAUGGCGGUGUUGCCCUUAUUUUACAUCAUGGGUUUUCUGAGUUUUGCAACAUAUUAUCUUUUGAUAGGAUGGAUACAUAUGAUACUUACAUAGGUUUCAUACAGCCGAGAAAACUGGAGCGAUUUUGGUAUCCUAAAUGAGUACCUGAAAUUUUGA